AUCUGAUCUAAGCACGUCCAGAUUCUGUCCCAGGAUGCAUCUUUCUGGAGUGGUUCCUCUACUUUUAUUGCUUUUACCAAACAUCACAACUCACAGUAUCUCCAGAGAGAGCAUUUACCUCCUGAGUGUAACCUCCCAGGCUGAAGGGGGCACCAGGGAGACAGUAUGUGUCACGGUCGAACCCCGUAACCUCGUGGCACUGGAGGUGACCCUGGAGGAUGACCAAAAGAACAUCACCCUUUUGACGGAAUCAUCUAUAGUACAAGAAUACUACAAAUGUGUCCCAUUUCAGGUUCCUGUCGAAAGUGUGGCAUCAGGUGUGGUGUCUAUACACAUUCAGAUUAAAGAUGGGACCAAAAUUCAGAACAAGACAGCCAAGAUCCUCGUUACACCUCCGACUCGACUGGUCUUAAUCGAGACAGACAAACCCAUCUACAAACCAGGACAAACAGUGAAGUUCCGCAUUGUCUCUCUGGAUACUAAUUUCUUUACCUACAAUCAGAUGUUUCCAACAAUAGAACUGCGGGACCCAAACUCAAACCGCAUUGGUCAGUGGCUGAAUGUCUCCACGAACAGCGGCCUUUUGGAUCUGUCAUAUCCCAUAAACUCGGCGGCCUCGAAUGGAUAUUACAUCAUUGUGGCCUGGAACGAGAAUCUGAAUGAGAUCACAAAAUUCUUUGAAGUCAAGGAUUACGUUCUGCCGACGUUUGAAGUGAAGGUCCAGCUUCCUUCUGUCAUAACCAUCCUGGACAAGUCCACUACACUGAAAGUCUGUGCGAAUUAUACAUACGGGAGGCCAGUGAACGGUACUGUGAGAGCGUCAGUCUGCCAUAACACCAUCAGAUACUGGUGGUUCAUGCCAUCAGACUCACAGACAUCAGACAUCUGCAAAAACUACACCCUGCAGACUGACAAGACAGGAUGUGGACAGCAGGUUUUAAAUUUAAAAGAGUAUGCGUUAGCUGACUCACGUUAUGAAAGUGUAAUCACUGUUCAGAGUGAAGUGGAAGAAUAUGGCACAGGUGUGAUAAUGUCGGGUUCCGGAAGCUCUCUUAUAACGUCCAGUAUCGUCACUCUUUCAUUCGGGAAUUCCCCAACAGUGUUUAAACCUGGAAUCGAGUAUCAAGGACAGGUCUUAGUGACCGACCCGAACUACAAUCCCUUGAAAAAAAAACCUGUGUACCUGACUGUGAGUUACGGAAAUAAUAAAAAUUCUGUGCAAAAUCUGGUUACGAAUGACCAAGGGGUCGCAAGGUUCUCCCUCAACACUAACCCAUGGGGGGCGGAGCCAGUCUCUUUAAAGGUUCAGUACCUAAAGGUUGAGAAACCAGUUACGUAUAAGAAUAAUCUCCUCACACCGUACUACCCCACCAUAUACCUCGAGCUUCAGCCAUUCUACUCCAGGAGCCGGAGUUUUAUCACACUGCAGAGCACCCCGAGGCCUUUCAGCUGCGAUCAAAGCGCUCACGUUGAGGCUCAAUACUGGAUACGUGACAGGUCACUGACAUCGACACAGCAAGUGAACAGGGCCAUGUCUUUCUUCUACAUGGUGAUGUCCAGAGGACAUUUGGUCCAGCAAGGACGUCUUUGGGUGCCCUUCAAGCUGGGGCAAGAGAUCAAGGGCAAUGUGAUGUUGUCACUGAAGGACCUGGACAAGUUGACUCCCAUGGCGCAGGUGGUCGUGUACACGAUUCUUCCCAGCGGUGAGACCGUGGCAGACAGCAUGAACUUUCCCGUGCUGCCGUGUUUGAAUAACAAGGUGUCUCUGAACUUCUCAUCUUCUUCUGAGCUUCCUGGUGGUAAGACCUCGCUGACCCUGAAAGCCGCUCCAGGCUCGCUGUGUUCAGUGAGAGCCAUCGAUCAGAGUCUGCUGCUGCUACAACCGGAGAAUCAACUCAACAUCCAAUCGGUGUUUGACAUGCUACCUGUCCAGAUGUUAUCCGGAUAUCCUUACAGCAUCUAUGAUGAGGACUCUGACCCAUGCUCUGGUAGCCAACCUAGAUUUUUUAGUCGGCGAAAAAUCUUCAGCGAUUAUUUUCCUUACUCUGGAACAGCCAACGUCUACAACGUCUUUAAAGAUGUGGGAAUCAAGAUCCUGACCAACGCAGAUAUCAAAAACACUUCUGCAUGCUUUACUGGUAUCGAGCCUAUUGCUAUCAUGCAACCGCUUGUAUUAGCCCAAAAGACUUUUUCAACCUCCAAUUUUCCAAGUCAACCAGUCGCCACCGUCCGCACAUAUUUCCCAGAGACAUGGAUUUGGGAUCUCAUUUCAGUAAGUGAGUCUGGAGUGGAAGAUCUUCAGGAUACAGUCCCGGACUCCAUCACUACGUGGCAGGCUGAUGCGUUUUGUACGUCACCUGACGGGUUCGGAGUCGCCCCGAGUGCUGAGCUCAUUGGCUUCCAGCCUUUCUUUGUGAGCCUCACCAUGCCGAGCUCCGUCAUCCGAGGAGAAGUGUUCACACUCAAGGCCACCGUCUUCAACUACCUCCAAAGCUGUAUGAUGGUGGAGGUGAUUUUGGCUCCAUCGAAGCAAUUCUCAGUGGAAAAGUGUAACAAAUGCAACUACACAAGCUGCCUGUGUGCUGACCAGAGCUGGACCUUCUCCUGGACCAUCAAACCAUUAGUUCUGGGGGAGGUGAGCAUCAACGUGACGGCGGCGGCUGUGAACGGGAAAGCAUGUGGGAAACGUGUGAUAACUGUACCAAAGAAGGGACGCAGUGACACGAUCAUUAAGACACUGCUAGUGAAGCCUGAAGGAACCACGCGGUAUGAAAGCAACAAUGAGCUUCUCUGCCCAUCAGAGAGUGCAGUUACGUUGCCAGUUUCACUAAACCUGCCUCGGGUAAUCGUGGACGGUUCAGCCACUGCUUCCUUCUCUGUACUGGGAGAUCUGAUGGGCCGCGCCCUACAGAACCUCGCGAGUCUCCUGGCCAUGCCGUACGGCUGUGGGGAGCAGAACAUGAUGCUCUUCGCCCCUAACAUCUUCAUCCUGGAGUACCUGGAGAGCACCAACCAGCUCACACCGGCCAUCAGGAGCACGGCCGAGAACUACCUUGUGAACGGGUAUCAGAGAGAGCUGACCUACAAACACUUAGAUGGAUCUUACAGCGCCUUUGGGAUGAGCGAUGCUUCAGGAAACACAUGGCUGACGGCAUUCGUGAUGAAGUCUUUCGGAAAAGCACAGAAAUACAUCUUUGUAGAUGAAAUGGUUGUGGAUCAGGCGAAGGCUUGGCUCGGUUGGGUGCAGCAGGAUGAUGGACGCUUUGUCUCAGUGGGACAACUUAUCCACACCAACAUGGAGGGAGGAGUGAAUGAUGAGGUGACCCUAACUGCGUACAUCGCUUCUGCAAUGCUGGAACUCAAUUUCACACUUACAGAUCCCGUGGUGAACAAGAGUCUUGCGUACUUGACGGAGGCGUACCCUCAGGUGAACUCCACCUACACCAAGGCUCUCCUGUUCUACACCUUCACCCUCGCUGGAGAUGAGGAGAUGAGGACCACUCUCGUUAAAGAUCUGAAUGCAAAUGCCAUAGUCUCAGGCGGUGGGAGGCACUGGAGCAGAGUAAAUGAUGGAUCAGUGAUGGACUCUCUGGAGGUGGAGAUGACCGCAUAUGUUCUUCUGUCUCUGAUGUCUGGACCUCUUCUGCCUGGGUUUGAUCUGGGUUACAGCUCCAGCAUUGUCCACUGGCUGUCUCAGCAGCAGAACGCCUUCGGGGGCUUUGAAUCCACACAGGACACCGUGGUGGCUCUCCAGGCUCUGGCGAAAUACAGUCUGGCCACCUACAGUCCACAAGGAGCCGUAACUGUCACUGUAACGUCACCAUCAGGGCUGAAGAACACGUUUAACGUCACUCAGAGUAACAGGCUGCUGUAUCAGGAGUCUCAGCUGCAGGAGGUUCCUGGAAAUUACAGCGUCAGUGCAGAAGGGCAAGGCUGUGUGUACGUGCAGUUUACUUUGCAGUACAACAUCCCUCCUCCUCCUGACCAGUCUUCAUUCAGCAUCUCGGCCUCGGUGUCUGGAAACUGCCUCGUCCCGAUUCCCUCUCUGGAAGUGACCAUUAAUGUCAUGUAUAAAGGCCAAAGACCGCAGACCAACAUGGUGGUUAUGGAACUCAGGCCUCUUUCUGGCUUUGUUGCAGAUGAGACGUCCGUGCAGCUCGCAAGCGACAACUCCAACUCGACUUAUGGAACUGUGAAACGUGUGGAUCAAACUGAAGGCAACGUCAUCAUCUAUCUGGAUGGACUGACGCGGGAACAGGAGAACGUUUACACCCUGAACAUCGUGCAGCAGAAUAAAGUGGAGAAGCUGAAACCAGCUGUUGUGAAAGUGUACGACUACUAUGAGACCGGUGACGUGGCUGUAACUGAAUACACCUCGCCGUGUCUAGUGUUUAGUGAGAGUUGAUUCAUGAGCCAAGACAAAUCUGAGAGAUUUAUCCCCUUCAAUAUGACUGAUUAAUGACGACGCAUGUGUUAUUUUAAAUCAACAAGGUUCUUGGUGGAAAUUGAAAUUCUUUACAUUUUUACUACGAUUCAGUGCCACAUAAGUGGAUUAAUAUAAUUCUGAUUUAAUAUUAUCUAUCUGAAUUAGCUUUUAAGCUGUAAUUCAAUUUAUUUUCAAGUUCACAAUGAAACCUGGGUGUUUAUCUUCUUAAGCUUUUCUGUACUUUCUUCUUUUCUCCACAGGAUGGCAAUGUUUGUAGAAUUCAAAACUUAAUCUUAUUUUCUCUCUCUCUCUUUAAAACGGACCUCAGUCUGACAAACAAGUGAAAUGAGACUGCAUACAGAAGAUAU